AGAGAUUUUAAAAGUCUUAUCCAUAAUUAAAAAAAUUAUAUAUUUGGUUAAAAGAUUUUAAAUACUUUUGAAAUUGGAAUAAUAACCUAAAAUGACCCAUUUUGGAUAUUAUUACCCUUCCUUUUUCCUAAAAAAUGGCAUCUCUCUCAUUCCCUUCCCACAGAGCCAGCCUAUGGGGAUAUACUCCAGUUUAUGGAUUGCAGAUGACUGGGCAACAAGAGGGGGGCCUUGUCAAGACUCACUGGAGCCAAGCUCCUUUCACGGCUUCCUUUAGGAGCUUGAAUGCUGAUGCUUGUAUAUUGUAUUCUGGAACAUCUUCUUGCAGUUGGGACUCUCCUCCAUGGCUCUCACAAGUGCUUGAUUUCAAGGACCAGCAGAAGAUGAAAUGGGUUGAGGACAACUACAUGAUUUACAACUACUGCGCUGAUACAGGGCGGUUCCCCCAGGGCCUUCCUACAGAAUGCACAGUAACUUAAAAGGCGUUCGACGCAUGGUACUAUUCUUUCCUUGUUCCCCAUCUUAGUUUCCACUGAAAAACAUGAGAGAAAUCAGUGUUACAAUGUAA